AUGGAAUUUGAUACCAAGACUCCUCUCUAUUCUACUCAGGAUAAAACAUCUUUCGCGUAUAUUUCUGCGAGAGAUCGUUGGCCUGUUAUUCUUACUGGAGCAAUUGAUGAUGUUCACAGAGCAGUAUCCGAAUCGACGGGUAGCAAACAUGAGGAAGGAAAACGCAUAGUCGAGACUCUCGCAAAGCUAAAAUAUGAGCUUCAACACGACAGGAAAUUAACCCCUCUUCUUGAUGAUGGACAGCCGGAUAUUGAGGGCUAUAAUAAGGAAUUGGAAAAAUUGGGUUACCCAUCAUGGUUCAAUAUUCCAUGGUUAUUUGCGGAAUGUUAUCUCUACAGACGUAUAGCAACCUCUUUCUCCCUUUCUAAAGAAUGGAAAUCCCACGAUGUGUUUGCGCGCCAAAAGAUGUCGACUUUCCGUUCUUCCCGUCCUGCUGUUCUCGAGCUCGCAAGUCGCUACCACGAACUCAUAAACCAGAUAUCAAAUGACAAAACCCAAGACGAGGAGGCUGAAAUGAUACUUUUCAUGGAAAUGUGCGAGAUUUGCUUAUGGGGAAAUGCAACCGAUCUUUCGCUUCUCACAUCUCUCACCUACGAAGACAUUCAAAAAUUACAAGGAUCCGAAGCACGAAAAAAUUCAGAGAAGAAUAUCCUUAUCAAUGAUUUGGGCAAGGCGUAUGAUGUUCUUAGGACUGCCAAAAAGGAAGGAAAAAACCGUCAAGUCGAUAUUGUUCUCGAUAAUGCCGGAUUUGAACUUUAUGUCGAUUUGAUUCUUGCUGGAUUCCUUCUCAGCGCAGGUCUUGCUACAAAUAUCGUUUUGCAUUCUAAAGCCAUCCCAUGGUUCGUAUCAGAUGUUGUACCAAAGGAUUUCUCCGAUUUACUAAACGCAUUGAAUAAUGCUCAAUCUUUCUAUUCCACACCUUCCGAAGACGAGCAAAGAGAUGGAAAAACACCAGACCCACUUUCCAAAAAGGAAGAAGAGGAAUUGGAUUUCUUGUUCAAGACUUGGAGCGAAUUCCAUGCAGAAGGUCAAUUGACUUUAAGAGCUAAUAGAUUCUGGACUGAGGGAGGUAGUUAUUGGAGAUUACCAGGCACGGCACCUCGACUAUAUGAAGAUCUCAAGGAAAGUGACUUGGUUAUCUUCAAGGGAGAUUUGAAUUAUCGAAAGUUGACAGGAGAUGCUACUUGGGAUCCUACAACCCCAUUUUCAAAGGCCGUUGGACCAUUAGGUCCAGGGUCCGGUGUUAACGUAUUGGCAUUGAGGACGUGCAAGGCGGAUGUGGUGGUUGGGUUGGAACCAGGACUGGAUGAGAAGUUGAGGGCUAUGGAGGGAGGGGGUGGAGAUUCCGGACAGAGAAAAUGGGGAUGGAGUGGGAAGUGGGCGGUGGUCAGUUUUUCGGGAGGGAAAUAG